UUCUCCGCCGCCAUUUUGCCGUCAAUGAGGAGGGGCGUGGCUUCGUGCUGCAGUCGUUACGUACAACUGUAAACAGGAAGUGCUCCGCUGGCCGAGGAAGACGAUUUGCUAGCAGAUUUUUUUGACCAGAUAGUGAGACAUCAUCAUGGGUAAAAGCUGCAAGGUGGUGGUGUGUGGCCAGGCUGCAGUUGGAAAAACAGCCGUUCUGGAGCAAUUACUGUACGCCAAUCAUGUUGCAGGUUCGGAGCCCAUGGAGACUCUGGAGGAUAUUUACAUCGGCUCCAUAGAAACCGACCGCGGCACACGAGAGCAGGUGCGUUUCUACGACACCCGCGGACUCCGUGAUGGGAUGGAGUUCCCCCGACACUACUACACUUUUGCCGACGGCUUCGUACUCGUCUACAGCAUUGACAGUAAAGAGUCCUUCAAGCGAAUGGAGGCCCUGAAGAAAGACAUCGAUCGACACAGAGACAAGAAAGAGGUGACCAUUGUUGUUCUGGGCAACAAGCUGGACAAGCAGGACGAGAGGAGAAUUGACUCGAACUUGGCUCAGAACUGGGCAAAGAACGAGAAGGUGCGUCUGUGGGAAGUUUCGGUGGUGGACCGACGCACGCUGAUCGAACCCUUCGUCUACUUGGCCAGCAAAAUGACCCAGCCGCAGAGCAAAUCCACUUUUCCUCUCAGUCGCAACAAGAACAAGAGCAGUGGCUCAACAGACAGUUAAAACACCACAUACGCCUGGAGGUGUGUUAAAGGGAACCUGGUUUUAUGAAUAAAUCAAUAUUGAUGUCAGAAGGGAUGCAGGAUUUUGAAAAGGCAGGAUGAUUGUAUGGAUAUUUAUAUACACUGUUAUAGCAUCUAUAUUUGAUGUUCUGGUGGAAAACUACUUUAAUUGUGACAGUAUAAUUGCUUAUCUUUAUGUUUUAUGUCCAUGUCAGCUAUGAAAUGGAAGAAUCUUGUGAAAUUAUGGUCAAACUUUUUCACUUAGCGCAUUAGCAGUCGUGUUCGGACCGUAGACUGUGGGUUACGGAUCCUACAUAUUGUAGUUCUUGAACUACUGACAAUCAGCAUUUUGAUCUCCGUUUGUCUCAUUAUGUUCGCUGUAUCGAUUAAUCAGGACUUUGCACAAAUGUACACUGGCUUGUAUUUUCUGUACACACAGGCUUUAUCAGGAAAAGGUCACACAGAUGCUGAAUUUCACAUGCUAAAGGAUCAAUGGCUGAAGAUGCGCCACUGUGCUGUUUGUUGACGUGGAGAUUUGUUACACUAAACAUGUAUUUGUUGCUGAGACAUUGACAUUCCCGACCACACGCAGCCUUCUGCACAAUCGUCUGAGCAUAAGACAUGAAUAGCGGUUGUUUCUACAGGCUCAGGUGCUGCUUUCUCUGGUUGUUCCACUUGAAAAGCAUCACUAGCAUACUUAAGUCACAUAAUAUGUUACUGCUGAAGUCAGCAUAGUUUUACUGAAGUGUGAAGUCAAACAUUUUAGCAGCUUUGGAAUCUGUUUCAUUGAAAAUAUGAACAGUGUUGGUAUUAUCGUGAAAACUGUGUUUGUGCAUACAUGCAACGUUUUUUAUUGGAAUAUCAAGCUUUUAAUGUAUAAAUGUCCUUGAAGUGUGCUCACUUGAUGUUUGUUUGCGUGUACUGUGAACAAAUUAAAGCCUUUUUUGUGCCUGAA